UCAUUGGUUGAGCCCCAACUGCUACACUCAACCAGCCUGUUUCCUGCAUGGCAAAUACUUUGUCUGAGAGGAAAUGACAUCACAGCACCAAGAUCUGCCACAAAUACACUGAAAACAGAUGAGGACCAAACGCAUUUCAGAUGUGUUUUGACUUUGAGUUGGACACCGUUCAGAAAAAACCUACGAGGCAAAACAAUUGGGCCAUAAAACAGCUUUUGGAACGCCACUGCGAAAUAUGUCUGCUGGACACAAAGAGACUCCGAGAGACACUACAUGUCAAAGUGGGACUGUUGUUUUUUUCUCAAACCCUUUGAUGAGUGAUGCUGAGUCAGACUGGACUCCAAUUCAUGAUGCUGCCUUUAAUGGACGUGUCCUCACUCUGCAAAGACUCAUUGCUCAGGGUACUUGUGUGAAUCUGAGCACUCUGGACCAGGUUUCUCCCAUCCAUGGAGCAUGUAUGCAAGGCAACGUGGCUUGCGUCGAGCUUCUGGUGAAAAAUGGGGCAGAUGUAAACAGUUCAACAGUGGAUGGACAAACGCCCCUGUCAGAAGCUUGCGCCCGGGGCCAUGUGACCUGCGUAUCGCUGCUCCUUCAAAAUGGAGCGACUCCCCAAGGGACCAGCCAGACCAGCUCUCCAAUUCACAGGGCUGCAGCAAAAGGUCACCCAGAGUGCAUUGAGCCUCUCGUUCAGUAUGGUGCAGAUGUGGAUCAGUAUAUCAGCCAGUCAGGUGUCCCUCUCCACGUUGCCUGCUCCAAUCAGCAUGUGAGCACUGUGAGGAAACUGCUUCAACUUGGUGCUAGUGUGAACAGCAGUGUGUCUGGUGACUCGUCGCUGCACAUCGCUGCCCGUCUGUCCAGCCCUGAGUUGGUGUCUGUCCUGCUCGACCACGGGGCCAAUCGCUCCCUCAGGAACUCCGAGGGCAAACAGCCACUGGACCUUGCACCUCCCAACAGCCUGGUGGAGAGGCUGUUGAGACAAGCAGGAGGUAUUCAACCCAAACUAACCAAGUAGUCUCAACUGUGGGGAUUUUCGUGGCCUUUAGGAAAACUGUGGGCAAGUAGAGACUGGGUAGAAUACACGCCCUUCACCUUCCCACAGAAGUGAAACAAUAUCUUCUCUACCAAUCAGACCCAGGAGGAGAUGUAAUGAAUGCACUGAGUAACUCAGCCUUUCAAUGCCAGAUUCUGAGCAUUUCACAUAUAGGUCAGUAGGGGGUGUACUUGCACAAUCUUGUAGUUAGAAGACUACAUCAUGGAUUAUAGUUGUACCUCUGUAAACAAACUAAUUAAAUAUUAUAAGAUGCACAUUUAAAAUGGGAAUAUGGACUCAUAAGGUUGGAGUGUUGGAAAAUUGGACAUACUGAAACAAUAUUUCUUAUAUUACACAAGUCUCCACAUUCAGCUUAUAUUGUAGUUUUUGCUAUCUUUAAAAUAUAAUGGCUGUGAAUGUUUGUUUUUGAUGCUGCUGUACUGAGAUAGAUUAAACUUACUCUCAUAUGAAA